UCAAAGUAAAACGCAAUUAAAGACAAUAUAGACAUGGUAAUACAACGGAGUUGGAAAAUCUUAAGCGACGCAGGGGGCACAACAAGCAGCAGUGCCACCAUCGAUGGUCAGCAACGUUCUCCCACAGCAUUGCAGGCCACUUCCUCCUCAGAUGACUCCGAUUGCUCCAACCAGACAACACAUUCCAUGGACACGCGUGUAGCUAGUCCGAUGGCGGCCGCUGAAGGCGCCAGAAAAGGCGCAGAGACAGACACAGCAGAGUCCUUGAAGUUGUCCACUCUGAGCGAGACAGCGGAGCCCGCUGUGAAAUAUGUGACUACAUCAGAGAUGGCCGAGACAAUGUUGCAACGCAUACGUCAACGCCUAAGCAGUGGACAGCACAUGGAGAGCGGGGGCAGUGCCGAGUCGGCCAUGCGCUCUCUAGAGCUGCUGCGGAUUAGUGUGCAACGUUCCUUCGAUCUGGAAGUGAAUGAGAUAAUCAAGCGUUACAUGGACGACUAUUUCAAACCUGCCUUUGCCAACAUCAAAGAGAAUCUAGGUCAGCAUGCCAUCAACGAGGAAAUGCUACAGAAAAUGUCCUGCGCGCUGCUGGAAAACGCAAAGACCCAAUACACGCACUUUGCACGUCAACAACGGCAACCAAUUGUUGGAAUUUCCGAACAGCAACGCUUGGCAUUAAAGAGACCAGCUAACUCGAAACUGAAUGGCAAUGAUUAUGGUCAGGCUAAUAAACUCUGCAACAACAAUUUGGGCUAUAUCGUUAAGUCCCUACCCUGCAAUCCAACAAUUCAAAAUGAGCUGCCAGUCCUCAUGCAGCAGCAGCAGCAGCAGCUACAACAACAACAACUACAGCCACAGCAGCAACAACAACAGCUGCAGCAACGCCAACAUGUUACGCCCCUUGUGGGUGGCACCUUGCCCACACCCGUGCGUCGCCAGAUCUUUUGGAAUACCUCGCAAAUCUCUACAACCACCAAAUUCGUACUUGAUGUUCAGGCAAACUUGGCUUUUGGCUUUGGCACUGAUGGCAAGGAGCGACUGGCCAGUAAGCAUCCCGAGCUCAUACGCUAUCUGCCCGAUGCAGAGGAUCGCAACUGGAUGGCUACCCAAGGCAUCAUACCUGCCGAAAAUCGAAGCUCACGUUUUCUUUUUCUCAUCUAUGAUGAGGUUUGUCGUUUGCAGCAAACCCACGAAUUGUAUCGCCAUAAGUCCAACAUAGAUCUCAGCAUGAUGCUUACUUUCAAUGUAACCGAACCCAUGAUACAGAAAAUGAAAAUGUUUUUUGUGGAUCUAAACAUUAAGAGUCGCGGCCUGAUCACCAAUUCCUUCAUAGUGGCCAACAAUCAGCAACAGCAGCAACAACAACAGCAGGCGGGCAACAACAGUCAUUUGCGCAAUGCCUUGCUGCAGGGCGUCACGCAGACCCAGCCGGCACAGCAACAGCAAUUACAGCAGCAGCAGCAACAACUUCAACUACAACUGCAGCAACCACAGCAGACGGUGCAAAUUGAAGAAGUCGCCCUCAAGGAGCUGCCCGUUUCAGCAGCCGCACCUUGUUUGCAAGGCACUGUAGUUGGCAGCACAACGACUCCUUUGAAGACCAAAUUGGUGGCAAGCUCCACGCUCAGCUCUUCACACGCCACCUUGACGGCUCUGCUUAACAAUCCGCACAGUGGUAGUGGUGGGAGCAGCUCGACAAAUGCCGGCAGCAACAGCAACACCAGCAAGUUUCGAACCUAAGCAAGCCUAGUAUUUAAUUAUUGUAUCUAGUUAAUAGUUCAACAUUAAAAUAUAAUUCGCAGUCACCCCAAAAUGAAUUGCUGUCCAGUGCUUUGCUCAGAUCGCUGGGCCUGUAAUUCACGUCGUGGCGAUCGCAAACAAUUUCAACCCAACUACGUCAUCCAUCCACUUACAAGAAAAUUCUACGCCCGUCACGAUGAAGUCAAAGACAAGGAAAGUCCGAUUGCGAAGCGACAUUUGGAGCUCCUGGACAAUCGCAAGACUUUCGAUUUGCGAAAACAUCGCUAUACGCCACUCACAGAGAACCAAAUGUACGGUUGGCUAGAGGGUCGGGCCUACCCAGUGAACCAAAAGGGGGUGCCACAGAGACGUGUGAUCGAAAAGGUAGACGAUACGGUUGAAGUGCGGGCAGCUGUGUGGCGAGCAUGUCGUGGGCGUUUAUUGGUAGCUCGCUAAUGAAUUUUAGGAAGGUUAUUGUUGGGCGUACUAUUAAAAAUUUGAAGAAGUUAGUCACUAACGUUAAGGCUUACCUCUGCAACAUUUUACUACUACGCCCUAACGUGGCCAUGUAAAUUUCUUAUUAACCAUGUAGUAGGUCUUCAAACGAUAUACAUACAACGAAAUCAAUAAAAUACUUUACUUCUAUUCUGCAA